GAAUGGGAUGAGCCUUUCCUGAACGCGGCCACUCAGUCAAGAGAAUUCUGGUACGCAAAAGGUCAGUCAGUCAUGGUCCCGAUGAUGUCUGGAAUACACUCGCUGCCGUUUGUGAGAUUUUCAGACAAGGGAUUCUCAUUGCUUGAAAAGCCACUCAAGGGAGAUCGCUUCUCGUUGGUUUUCCUAUUGCCCAAACGAAAAUGGGACAUGAAAGAAGUGGACAAAGUGUUGAACGGUUUUUAUCUCCUCAAAGAUCUGGUCAGUCAGGCUCGCACGACCGGUGUAUCGGUUAUUCUGCCUCGAUUCACGAUCGACAGCCAAAUCAACCUGAUCCCGUACAUGCAAUCCAUGGGAAUUAAUGAUUUAUUCAACCGCGGCCAGGCAGAUCUGUCAGGAAUAACGGACUCGGAAAAGCUGUAUGUGAACAUGAUGAAACAAGCCUCCGUGCUGAAAGUGACUGAGGCCGGUGUGGAAGCAACCGCAGUGACUGGAGUGGUGGUUGUGCCAAUGUCGUUGGUGCUGCCCGAUGUGGAAUUCCACGCGGAUCAUCCGUUUGUUUGUUUCGUCUAUGACCGGGAAUUGCAAAUGCCGUUGUUUGCAGCCCGUGUGACAAAUCCGAAGAAGGCAUAA